AACGUCUCCAACCAUUAUUAGUCUCAAAGUGGGUUCCUCGUCAUCGAAUUUGUUUCUGUUGUGUUACUGUAACUAGUUGCCAGCUCUACUUCAAAGAAGAAGCCUUGGGAAGAAUGUGUGAAGCAUUGUGUGUUGAAGGUGAUAUCAAAAUUGGGACUUGUGAAGGACAUCACUUAGGAAAAGAUGUUGUGCUUUCAGGUCAAUGGGGAGCUGACAGAAUUGUACUUAAGGCAACUUUUCUAAACCCUGAACAAUAUGAACAAAUAUACUGGCAGAGUGCAGAUAAAAAGACAUUUUAUCCUGAUUUUGAAACCUUUACAGAGCUAGUUCAAGAGAGUGUUGAAAAAAGAAUUAAUAUUACCUUGUCUGAAAAGUACCCAAAGGGCUUUGUACUUCUAAAUAAACUGUGGACUUCAGAUGUUUCAAGCCUAACUAAUGGCACAGCAGUGAUGAAUAAUGUAUGGUACUUGAUUCAACAGAAUGAAUACAUACUGUCCAAGUUGUUUGAAACCAGUGGACUCUUCCCCAAAGUUUUAGGAAGUUGUGGCCACAUUUAUGCGGUAGAAUAUGUGAAACCUCUUGCCAACUAUUUUGGAGUUCUGUCCAAAAAUUGGGAACAUACAUUUGAGAAGAGAGCAGAAUUAGCACUGAAGCUACUACAUUUAACAACACAUCUUAAGACUGCUUUUCCUCUUACACUUCACAUUUGUGAUAUGAAAAUUGGUCAUUUUGGAGAAGAUAAAAAAGGAAAGUUAAAACUGCUAGAUACAGACAUGGCAUUAUUUGAACCAGUUUUGUUGGAAACCAUGGUGAAUACUCAGAGCUGCAACACCAACGAAGAAUGUUCUUUUAUUGAUUGUGAUGGAAGAUGUAACUACAAUACAGGUUCUUGUCUGUCCCUUGUGACAAAUACCAAUCUACAGAGGCUGUGUAAAAAUGUUCUCAUGGGACAAUAUUUUGGUCUGUUAGGACCAGCACCACCCACCAUUGCUCAAGGUUUGCAGAAAGAACUUCAACAUUGCAUUUCAAGAAAAGAUGUGAAUGAUUCAGAAACUGGAGAAAUUAUUAACAAAAUUGAGAGGCUCUUGAAGACCGCAGUAUGAGCCGAUAAUAUUGGAGUUUUAUAUAAUCCAAUGCCGGAUGGUAGUCUUUGGUUUGAACCUCAUAUUCAAAGAUACAAAAAAUAUUACUUCUAAAUCCUUAGUGCUUUAAUUCAUAUAGUACUUUUUGUGUUCAAUGUUCUUAGUGCAAUAUAUCAGUGUAAAUGCAUGUGUUAAUUAUUUGAGACAGCUGAUACUUAUGAAAUGUGUGAGAGUUUAAGAUAGAGAAUGUUUAUUAUAUGAGUGGAAGAUACAUUACAGUACAGGGACCUGAGUAUAAAAGUGAUGCAAACUUUUAUGAUGUUUGUAAUAUAUGAAAAAUAAAUAAAUAAACAGUUUUUUUUUAAUGUACCCA